AAGGAGGCAUGGCAGCUAGGGUUCGUGCGCCACUCAUCCCCAUCUCCCUCCGCCGUCGACUCCCUUCAUACCAGUAGCGCCGCCCACCCCAUCCGCCGAAUAGUAGCGCUGCCCAUUCCAUCCGCUCGGAAGAACCGCCGCCCUCCUCCCUUCACCAUCCACCGCACCUAUCCAAGGUAAAAGCACAAUCUGCGUAUUCGCCGAAAAGUAGCGCUGCCCACUCCAUCCGUUCGGAAGACCCGCCGCCCUCCUCCCCUCACCAUCCACCGCCCCUAUCCAAGGACAUUCUCCGUGCACCGCCCUUCUAUCCCCGUGCGGAGGUUAGGCCUCCACGCCGAAGCUUGUUUCAGGCUUGUCCUAGUACAUAAUAUUGCUCGCCUCUCCUGUCUCCUCUCCUCGUCGAGCGGUUGUGGGUGGUCGAUCCAUAAGGCCGGAAUGGCAAACCACCAGGAGAAGCCCACCACGUCCCCACCGCCCCAGCCGGCGGAGGGCAGCGUCGCUCGCCCCCGCUUGCCCGGCGUCGGCAACGCACACCCGGGCAGUGCCGGAUACCCAAACCCGCCAGAUGCCGCGAUCCCCGAUGCGGCGACUCUUCGGGACCAGUGGCGGUUUGCCGUGCGGCAGUACAGCCGCUGGUACUCCCACGCCUGGGGCACCGCCAUCCUUGCCGGCGCCGCCUUCUUCGCGCUUGGGUGGCUUGUCAAGGGGUCAAACCCGCUCCCGUCCCGGGCCGAGCCACAACACGGCGCCAUUGGCAAAUCCGUCGCUAAGGAGGACAAUUGACCGGCUUAGGUGAACCACCUUGAGUUACGAGCUACAGUUUUAGUACAGGAUUUCAAGCCGUUCGGUUGCUGGUCAUGGUGUUGGCUGUUGGUACAGUAUUUGGUGAGAGCUUGAUGUCACAGCAGCAGUAGAAGCGGUGCUGUAAAACCUGGCAGCCGAACAGCGUGAAAGGAAGGUUUGUAUUUCAAAGGAUCUAUAACAAUCAAAUUCUGCGGUUUUGAUUAUGUCCGUUCUAUCGUUGAGCUGAUAUUGUAGUUCAGUUCUUUCUUGUGCUUGGAGUAUUAUUACAUACAUGUAUGACAAUAUGAGUUAAUAAACUUGGAGCGCUUUGAAUUAUGC